AAAGACUGCAUUAGCAACCCCCCUGACCCAGGAGCACAAACACAGAGACAGUCAGCAUGGCUAGUAAGAAAGCUGCAGCUAAGAGGGGUAAACCUGCUCAAAGGGGCUCCUCCAAUGUCUUCUCCAUGUUUGAGCAAUCACAAAUACAGGAGUUUAAAGAGGCAUUUGGCUGCAUAGAUCAGAACCGGGAUGGAGUUAUUAACAAAACUGAUCUGAAGGAAACGUAUGCACAACUAGGAAAGCUGAACGUGAGUGAUGAAGAGCUGGAGUCGAUGUUAGCAGAGGGAAAAGGGCCCAUCAACUUUACUGUCUUCCUCACUCUCUUCGGGGAAAAACUCAAUGGCACAGACCCAGAAGAAACCAUUCUUGCUGCUUUUAAACUGUUUGACCCAAAUGCUACAGGAGUUGUCAAUAAGGACGAGUUCAGAAGGCUGCUAAUGAACCAAGCUGAUAAAUUCACAGCGGAAGAGGUUGACCAAGCUUUUGCAGUGGCCCCAAUAGAUGUGGCUGGGAAUAUUGACUAUAAAUCACUUUGCUACAUUAUCACGCAUGGUGAUGAAAAGGAGGAGUCUUGAAUAAAGGCAAAUCUUUCAUCGGAAGCUCCUCAGUCUGAGAAUUCGGCUCAUGUCAGCCCUCAGGCAUCAUUAUUCUUCAUUAUUAAAACCUUUGUUUUGCAUUUCGAAACAAGAAUUUUUGUUCUGGUAGUGCUGGAUAUAAUAAAGGCGAGGAGUAAUACAAAUCUAUUGCUUGCUGUCAAAUUCAAUUGUACAUUUAGGAGCAGUGCACUACAAGACAAUGUAGUUUCAUAAGUUUUUAACAGAAAAUAUUGAAUGAUAUGAAGGCUAGCUCAUUGAUUUCCGUUUUAUAAAAAUACAUUUCCAUUAUAUUAUUAUAUUCAGAACACAUACAUAUUAUACUGAGCAUAACUAACUGAACAUUAAAGGGUAAGAUAUUUGCUCACUUGUAAAUUCUGUCUGUAAUUAAAAGACUAUAAAUUCAGUCUUUCAUAAUUGUGUGUCGGUUCAGAUAAAAGCAUCUGCAAAAUGACUGAAUGUAAAUGUAACUGCUGCCCUCCACAGACGGUUUGUUAAACUGCUGUUUUGUAACUGGAACUUUGUGAGGCCCUUGGAUGUGGCACAUUUCUCAAACCUAUAAUAAACUUUAUACACAGUU